CCUACUCUCAUAGUCUCCUACUCUCCUAACUCUCCUACUCUUUCCGUAUCCUUCAUCUUCUCCUCGUCAUCCAUCUCUUCACGACUCUUUAUUCAAUUCUUCGUUUCCUUCUGACGAAUCGGCUCUCACACAUCGAAACCUUCGCUCGACAUCACCAAAGCCCAUCAUGCGUUUCCAAUCCACUGUCGCCAUCCUCUCUGGCCUGCUCGUCGCCAGCCCAGCCUCUGCCGCUCCCAGCAACCGACAGGGGUCAGGCGGCAAGUGCAAGAGUCAGCUCGGAGGAGCUGUGUAUCUGACAACCAACGGCCAGGCCAACUAUGUGGUCUCUCUGGGCGUUGAGAAGAACGGCAUGCUGUCCAAGGGCAAGAUGGUAGCGACUGGAGGCUGCGGCUCUGCGAGCAUCAGCAGCGCCACCAACAUGUCCGCCACGGCGGAUCCUCUGGUCGGGCAAUCUGCACUGACGGUUGCUGGACAGAACCUGUUCGCCGUCAACGCCGGAACCUCCGAUGUCAGCAUGUUCUCGAUCGACGGCGCCGACCCGACCAAGCUCGUCAUGGUUGGCAUGCCUGCCAAGGUGCCUGGCGAGUUCCUCAACACUGUCGCCGCCUCUGCCAAGCACAAGAUCGUGUGCGCGGCAGCCACCGGAGCUAUUGCUGGCGUGUCCUGUGCCCCCUUUGACGAGACCAGCGGCAUCGGCGCGAUGGACGCUCUCCGGCCCAUCGACCUGGGCCAGACGACGCCUCCGGUUGGUCCAACCAACACCGUCUCUCAGGUCCUCUUCUCCGAGGAUCAGAACACGCUCUUUGCGAUCGUCAAGGGCGAUCCAGGAACCCCCGGCAAGACGGGCUUCGUGGCCGCGUUCCCCGUCACGGCUGCGCAGGGCAACACGGCCGCCAGCGUCAGCGCUCAGGGCAAGCAGUCUUCUCCGGACAACACUCUGGUGCUCUUCGGCACGACCAUCUUGCCCGGCACCACCGACCUGUUCGCGACCGACGCGUCCUUUGGCGCGGCAGUCCUCUCGGUCGCGGCUGACGGCACCACGACGACCAAGGCCCGUGGCGUUGUUGACGGCCAGGCGGCGACGUGCUGGACGACCUUUUCCCCCGCCACCAAGACGGCCUUUGUCACCGACGUGCUCGUCAACCGCCUUGUCGAGAUGUCGGUCGAGGACGCCUCCAUUCUGCGUGUGCUGGACCUCAGUGCCAACAAGCAGUCGGGCAUGAUUGACCUGCGUGCGAUGGGCAGCAUGGUCUACGCGCUCGCACCCGGCAACAACGAGACUGCUACCGCGGUGGUCGUCGUCGACGCCAAGGCCGGCAAGCAGGUGCAGGUUAUGGAUCUUGGCGCGAUGGGUGUCACGGGCCGGGCCCAGGGCAUGGCCAUCAUGGAGCUCUAA